AUGUUGGGCGCACUCCGGCGGGAGGCCGUCCGCAGAUUUUUGCGGAGGGCCCUGCAUGGAUCCGCGGCGCCCGUGGCAAAGGCGCUGGCCGCUCCAGCGGCCAAGGCCGGCGCGGCCGCGGUGGCCGCCCCCUCGGCCGCCUACGCCGCGUGGGUCCUCUCUUCGGACGACCCCGGCAUGGCGAUGCGGCUCUCGUACAACGUGCCGGCGCGCCUGGCGAGGGACUGCGCGGCGGUGGCGUCCAUCGUCGCGGACUAUCAGUGGAGCCUGAGGGGAGCAGACGGCGCCGAUCGUGCCUGGAUUAUGCACGAGUGCCACGCCAGGUCGGCGCAGAAGCUGCUGGAGCUGUGCUUCGCGAACGGCGGCAUAUACAUCAAGCUCGGGCAGCAUGUUGGGCAGCUGGAUCACCUGCUUCCCACUGAGUACGUGAGGACAAUGAGGGAGAACGUCUUGGAUCGUUGCCCCAGCACCCCUUACGACGUAGUCUGCCAGACCCUGAGGGAAGAAUUCGGAGCUGGUCCUGAUGAGUUGUUUGCUGAGUUUGAACAAUCGCCCGUCGCCAGUGCGUCACUCGCUCAGGUUCACAGGGCAUACACCCAUGAUGGUCAGAAAUUGGCAGUAAAGAUUCAACAUCCUGGGCUGAGGGAACAUUCAGCUGCCGAUGUUGCCAUGGUGGAGUUCCUUGUCCAUGCUGUAAAAUGGAUGUUUCCGGGCUUCAACUACCAGUGGCUCGUUGACGAAAUCAAGAUAAACUUGCCAAAGGAGCUGGACUUUGUGCUUGAAGCAGCCAAUGCAGAAAAAUGCAAAAGGAAUCUGGAGUCUCCCAGGUCGCGAGUAAGGGGAAGGGUGAAGGUUCCUGAGGUCAUCCACAACCUGACGUCCAAGCGAGUGUUGACCAUGGAGUUCAUCGACGGCAUUAGCGUGACAGACUGCGAAGGUCUUGACGCUCUUGGAGUGGACACGGGCAAAGUCGCGGAACUCGUCUCACAAACCUUCAGCGAAAUGAUUUUCGUCUUUGGGGAGGUGCAUUGCGAUCCCCACGAGGCCAAUCUGCUUGUCAGGAAACAGGAAGGUGAGAUGCAGCUUGUGCUGCUGGACCAUGGCCUGUACCAACAAAUCGAUCAGGGCUUCCGCUGGCACUACGCUGGCCUCUGGCAUGCCCUCAUCUUUGCUGACGAGGACGGCAUCAAGCACUACAGCGCCACCAUGAACGCCGGCGACAUGUACCCCAUCUUCGCCUCCAUGCUGACGCUCAAGCCCUGGAAUCAGAUCCGAGAGGCCACUGUGGAUCACCUGGACGCGCCACAGUCUCCACAGGACCGCGCUCGCAUCGCGGAGUUCGCCCACCGCCACGUGCGACAGAUAUCUGACCUGCUGCUGCAGAUGCCACGGGAGCUGCUGCUGCUUCUGAAGACUAAUGACUGCCUGAGGGCGGUGGACCGCAGUCUGGGGAAGCCCAUCAACACGCUGGUAAUCACUGCGCGUGAGUGCGUCCGGGCACUGGCCGAGCAGCGCAGCAGGCACCUGCCACCGCUGCUGGCGAAGUUCUACACCCUCGGAGACCACAUGCACAUGGAGCUGCGCCUCGCCAUGCUCAGGGCCGCCACCAUGUGGAUGAGGCUCCUCCAGUGCGUGACGUGGAGGAGCACGGCGUGUAGCAUCUGA